ACCCCUGCUCAGACCUCCACCACAACACCACAGUCCUCCCUGCUGCUUUAUUUACUUUAUUUACUUAAAUCUCUGGGACGCCUGCCCCCACCUUCCUCCCCCCUGUGGGUGACAGCGUCUCCGCCGGCUCCUCACCGUCCUUCAGCGUCAUGGAGAGUCUGGAGAAGCAGCUCGUCUGUCCCAUCUGUCUGGAGAUGUUCACCAAGCCCGUGGUCAUCCUGCCCUGCCAACACAACCUCUGCCGCAAGUGUGCCAACGACAUCUUCCAGGCGUCCAAUCCCUACCUGUCGACGAGGAGCGGCUCCACGGUGACGUCCGGUGGCCGUUUCCGCUGCCCAUCCUGUCGCCAUGAGGUGGUCCUGGACCGACACGGAGUCUACGGCCUGCAGAGGAACCUGCUGGUGGAGAACAUCAUCGACAUGUACAAACAGGGCACUACCAGCAGUAAACCGUCCCCAGAGCCGAAGGUGGAGCAGCCGAUGUGUGAGGAGCAUGAAGACGAGAAGAUCAACAUCUACUGUGUGAGCUGCAGCGUUCCCACCUGUUCUCUGUGUAAGGUGUUCGGAGCGCACAAGGAUUGUGAGGUUGCACCGCUACACAACGUUUUCACCAAGCAGAAGGCAGAGUUGACAGACUGUGUGUCCAUGCUCGUUGGGAACAAUGAGAGGAUUCAGGCGAUCAUCAGUCAGCUGGAGGAAACCUGCAGAGCUGUUAAUGAGAACGGCAGCAGACAGAAGUCAAAGGUGUGCGAGACAUUCGAUCACCUGUUCGCUCUCCUGGAGGAGAAGAAAGGUGAGAUGACUCUGAGGAUCACCUGUGAACAGGAAGAGAAACUGGACUACAUCCGAGGUCUGAGGAAGAAGUACAGCGAGCACAUGGAGAACACGGCCAAGCUGCUGGAGACCUCGAUCCAGACCCUGGACGAGUCUGAGAUGGCCGUGUUCCUGCAGACGGCCAAACCUCUGCUACAGAAGAUCGUGGAGGGCACCAACACAUCUCACCUGGAUAAACUCCAACAUGGCUAUGAGAACAUGGAUCACUUCACGGCUAACUUUGAUCGUCAGAGGCGAGCGCUAACCAACGUUGACUUCAUCAAAGUUGAUGAAGACGAUGAUGAUGAUGAUGAAGAUGAGGUGGAGGUCAGAGGGUCGUUGGCAGGAAGUCGAGUUGAGCCACAGGUGCACGCUGCACCUGCAGCAGCCGCAGCCAAUCAGCAGCCUCCUCUGUCACCUGUUCAGCCUGCAGGUGUUCAGCUCUCAGCCUCGCCCCCCCAGAGACCCUCGGACGCUCCACCCCCGCCUUCGACCUCCAUUACAAAAAGCCCCGCCCCCUCGCCAAACACACAGGCCCCGCCCCCUCUACCCCUCCCUACGGCCAGCCCCACCCCUCAGGUUCAGACUGAGCAGCAGAACGAGUCCGAGGACAAAGACGGACCCAAACACGUUUUCUCCUUCAGCUGGCUUAACCAGAAGUAAAACCAGGUCCUGGUCUGAUCUGGUCUGAUCUGGUCUGAUCCCGUCUGACCCGUCUGAUCUGGUCUGAUCUGGCCUGAUCUGGUCUGACCCGGUCUGAUCUGGUCUGAUCUGGUCUGCCUCUCUGCAGAGCUUCACUUAUAUGGUUUUACAUUUGACUGUUUAAAGCUGCAGAAACACAGAGACGAUUUCCUGGAGCUUUGUUCAGAAUUUUAUUUAAAAAAUGCCAAAAAUAACUUUUUGUCAUGAUGUGAUUUUUUUCUUUAAAGGACAAACUGAGAGUUUGUCGUUGUGUAAUAGACGUUAAAGAAAAACAUUUUGAAUCACAGACGUUUAAAUCUCUGGAACAUUCAGACUCAGUUUGUUUCUCUGAUGAUGAAUUUAUUCUGUUUAAUAAAUUAUUGUUUUAUUAUGAA